AAUAAAGCACCAUCUGUCACGUGACCGUCGUGUGACUGCCGACAGCCGAGUAAUCAGGAAGUACAACUUUUAUUUACAAAAUGUUGCUGGUGAUUGCACGUUAGACAUAAGACUUUUCUGGAAAACUAAUGUAGCAAUAAAUAAUGAUGACUUUUUACGGACAGGUGACCCACAGUUACAGAGACAGCAUGAAGGGAACAGGGCUGUUUAUUCUGAUGGUCCUUCUAACAGGAACAAUCACACACAUCAGAGCAGGCAGUGAUGAGUGCAAGGCAAGGUCCUUUGGCCAGAGCUCAGUAGUGUGUGAGUGUAAUGCUACAUACUGCGACUCGGUUGGUCGUGUCAACUUGCCUGCUGUGGGCCACUUCCUGUCAUUCCUGAGCAGCAGGGCGGGUAGAAGACUUCAGAGAGAACAGGGUCAAGUGCAGAAGAACAGCACUGGAGCAGCUCUCAGGAUCACCCUGGUCCCCACAGAAAAGUACCAGCAUGUUAAGGGCUUUGGAGGAGCCAUGACAGAUGCGGCUGCCAUGAACAUUCUCUCUCUGACGACUAGAGCCCAGGACCAGCUGCUCAGACAGUAUUUUUCCCCAGAGGGUAUAGAGUACACCUUGGUCCGAGUACCGAUGGCCAGUUGUGAUUUUUCAACUCGUCUGUAUACAUAUGCCGACUUGCCCGAAGACUACAGCUUACUUAACUUUAGCCUGGCCGAAGAAGACACACACAUGAAGAUUCCUCUGCUGCAGAGGGCACAAGCCCUGUCUGCUCGGCCGCUGUCACUGUUUGCUUCUGCCUGGAGCUCCCCGGCGUGGUUGAAGACUAACGGUGCGCUCAUAGGGAAGGGCUCACUUAAAGGAAGGCCUGGGGGCAAAGAGUAUAAAACCUGGGCUCAAUACUAUAUCAGGUUUCUGGAAGAGUAUGAGAAGCACAAUCUCUCAUUCUGGGGGUUGACCACAGGAAACGAACCCACUGCAGGUGAAAUGACCAAUUACAGCUUCCAGGCUUUGGGUUUCACUCCUGAGCUCCAGCGUGAUUGGAUUGCUAUGGACCUCGGUCCUGCUCUUCAUUCAUCCCCAUAUGCCAAAACCCGCCUUAUGAUCCUGGAUGACAACAGAUUGCUGCUUCCUCACUGGGCCAAUGUGGUUCUGCGUGAUAUUCACGCUGCUCGAUAUGUCCAUGGCAUCGGCGUUCACUGGUACUUUGAUCGCCUCUUUCCUGCCAAAAUCACCCUUACGGCCACACAUGACCUCUACCCAGAGUACUUCAUUUUGGGCACAGAGGCAUGUCCUGGUUGGAGCGAACUGGACCGUGGUGUGCGGUUGGGCAGCUGGGAACGAGCUGAAGACUACGCACAUGACAUUAUAGAGGACCUGAAUAACUAUGUAACCGGAUGGACAGACUGGAACUUAGCACUAGAUAUAACUGGUGGACCAAACUGGGUCAAGAAUUUUGUGGACAGUCCCAUUAUCGUGGACCAGAGUAAAGAUGUCUUCUACAAGCAGCCUACUUUCUACAGCAUGGCACACUUCAGUAAGUUCCUGUGGGAGGGGUCUCAGAGAAUAGGUGUGUCAGUUUCUGAACACACCUCACUGGAAUGUUCUGCCUUCAUCAGACCUGAUGGUUCAGCAGUGCUGAUCGUGUUAAACAGGUCUGAUGCUGAGGUGCGGUUUGAAGUCUGGGACCAGAGCCUAGGCUUUCUGUCUGCAAGUGCUCCUCCUCACUCCAUCCUCACACUAGUGUGGGCUACAUCCUAAUUAAAAUCAAUU